AUGAUGUUCAGGUAUCUUUGGUCCAAGCCUGCUGGAGGGGGGCCUGCGCCGUUGAUUCGCAAUCCUGUCCAGUCUUGGAUGAUAGCGCUUGUCGUUUCACACCUAAUUCUGUUUCUUUUCGCCAGCUUGACAUUUGCCUUUCCCAGCAUCACGGAUAUGUCGUGCCGAAUACUGGUCGACAACACUGCAUACUGUGGCAUCUGUGUAGCCGUCGCCUUCAGUAUGUUAUUCUACUUCUCGGUCCUUUCUUGUCAGGACUGGGGAACCGAGCAGUACUGGGCUAUCGGAGCCGUCGUCACUCUGAGUAUGGCUUGCCUUGACAUAGUUACAGCCGGAUGGGGAAAUUAUGUUUUUUUCACUGCGACGCAAACACUGCAGCAGGCAGGCUCAGAAAUUCAAAAGGACUGUGACGAGUGGAAAUCGAUCGUGUUCUAUUACUGCACAGCCGCGGUUAUAGGCCUGCACAUGGUUAUAGCGUUGAUGUGCGGCGCCGUCUCGUUCCGUUUAACGGGAGGAAUUUCAGCGCAGCUUGAGGAGAUCCGGCGCCUCGUUUGA